CUGCCACUGGAGAAGCAUCAUGCGGCAGAGGCAUUCUUCUCUGUUAUAGCGCUUGAGAGUUUUGAUAGGAGCUCUCAAGCACUUUCGUAAAUUCUUUUGGGGCCAUCAAACACAUAAAAGCUGGUGUGUUCCAAAAUAGGCCUCAGUCUGCGAAGCAGAUUUAUUUCUACCAUGAACUGUUUCACCUGAAGUUAUUUUCGGGAAAAAGAAAAAGAAAAGUGAAAAAGAUAGGCUCGAAAUUGGGGAGCAGAGAAUCUGUAUUUAUUCCUCUGCAUUACUUUAAAUCCAGUUAAUGGAUACGUAUUCAAAGGCAAGGCGAUGAUCAUCCAGUUUGGUCGCAAUCCUGUUGCUGGCAAAGCUACCUAAUCAAAUGGGGAUUUUGAUGUAGACCAUGGGUGCAUGCCUUGGGAUGGAAAUUUUCAUCAAUCCAAAAAUUCUCACAGCUCUUCAACGUCCACUAAAAGAUGGCAACUACAAUCCAUGCCGUGGAGCUCUACUGCCGCAAAGAGAUGGUCACUUGUGUCCGCCCCCUAGUUUUGUUUUACCCAGGAACAGGUCAAACUCUGUUGGAAUCCAGAUGAUUAUGAAAGGACGUUCGUAUUGAGAAGAAUUAGGCAGCAGCACGCGCGAUGGCGGACGGGAUCGCAUCCGACUUGGUGACGGGAGUGCUCGGCAAGCUGGGCUCCGCUCUCUGGGACGAAAUCGGACUGCUGCGGAGCUUCAAGGACGACGCGGACGACCUCAGAAGCAACUUCUCGGCGAUCCAAGCGGUGCUUCACGACGCCCAGGAGCGAAGCAGCGCUGGGAAGGAGAGCCACGCUCUGCGCGACUGGCUGCGCAAACUGAAGGACGCCGCUUACGACGCCGACGACCUGCUGGACGAGAUCCGGACGCAAGCGGUCCUCCGGCAACAGCAGUAUCCCGAGGUGCAGGAUCAAAACCAGCCAGCUGAAAAGGUAUGUGGAUUUCUGUCCCGCGCUAAUCCGAUGCAUCUGAAGUCUAAGCGCAAGAUGGCACACAGGAUGAAAGAGCUCAGAGAAAAGAUCGGUAAGAUCGCGAAACAGAGGCAUGAUUUUGGUCUUGCCCAAGCUGGCCCUGUUCGGCAGGCUGAGUUCAAGCGCCCUGAGACAUUCUCGGUCGUCGACGAAAAGACGAUAGUAGGGAGAGAUGGUGAUAAAGAGAAAAUUGUGAAGCUACUGCUAGAGACGGGCGGCGAUCACGACGUGUCAGUCAUUCCGAUCGUGGGAUUGGGGGGUUUGGGGAAGACGACGCUCGCUCAGCUGGCCUUCAAUGACGGCCGGGUUACGGGCCAGCAGCGCUUUGAUCUACGGGUGUGGGUUUACGUGUCUACCAAUUUCGACAUGAAGAAGAUUGCAAAGGCAGUGAUAGAUGAAACUGAAGAGAAGUGUAAUGAUCUUGAUAACCCGGACGCCGUCGCGAGGUGCCUUGUCAGGAUCUGUAGCCAGAAGAGAUUUUUGCUGGUGCUGGAUGAUGUAUGGAACGAAGAUCCGGAUAAGUGGAAGGAAUUGAAGGUUGUAUUUAAGGACGGCAAGAAGGGAAGCAAAAUCUUAGUGACCACGCGGAGCGAAAAAGUCGCGACGAUAAUGAAAACAGUAGAACCACACCGUGUGAAAGGCUUAUCAGAUGAUGAUUGUUGGACAUUGUUCAAAAGACGGGCAUUCGAUAAUGGGGAAGAGAACGGCUAUCCAAAUUUGGUGGCAAUCGGACAGCAGAUAGUUAAGAAGUGCAGCGGUGUGCCGUUAGCAGCGAAUGCUUUAGGAAGUAUGAUGCUCUUUAAGAGGACAGAGGAUGCAUGGUCCGCUAUUAGGGAUAACGAAAUUUGGAGUCUGAAAGAAGAGACAACUAUUUUACCAUCAUUAAAGUUGAGCUACAUUCAGAUGCCGUCGGCUUUGAAGCAGUGCUUUGCUUACUGCUCCAUAUUCCCAAAAGACUACGAGAUUGACAAGGAUGACUUGAUCCGGCAAUGGAUUGCUUUAGGCUUCAUUUCAUCGAAUGAAACAUGGACUUCGAUGGAAGAUAUUGGGAAUGAGUACUUUAACGAUCUAUUAUGGAUGUCUUUCCUUCAAGACGUGGAGGAUGAGGACGACGAGAAAUGUUAUGGAAAUGUUACGUACCGGAUGCAUGAUUUAGUGCACGACCUCUUAAUGUCUGUAGCAAGAGAAGAAGUUGCUGUUAUAGUUGGAGAAGAGUCGACAAGGAUCCCAAAAGGUCGCCGCUAUGCAUCAAUACACUACAGUAGUGUCAUGACACAUAUUCCAACCACAAUAGCGCGGAGGUUGCGAGCUCUUCAAUUUAGGAAAUCUAGCUCACAUAUUAUGGCUUUUUAUAGCGAGGCAAAAUACUUACGCCUGUUGGAUUUAUAUGGUUCCGAAAUUUCUAUGCUGCCAAGCUCAAUCGGUGAGUUGAAGCUCUUAAGAUACCUCAACCUUUCGGAGAACAGUAUACAAGAAUUGCCUGAAUCAAUUACCAGCCUCUGCAACUUGCAAACCUUGAAUCUUUCAAGCUGUUGCAAGAUCUGUACAUUACCCACAUUGUUAGGAAGUCUUACGAAUUUGCGGAUUUUAGAUUUAAGCUACUGCAGUUCUCUACUAUCAUUACCCUCAUCAUUAUGUGAUCUCAAAAACCUGCAUAACUUAAACCUAUCCGCUCUAAAUUCUUUGGUGGCAUUACCUGAAUGCAUUGGGAGCCUUCAAAACUUGCGUAUUCUGAAUCUUUCUGGGUGCGGUUCUCUACUAUCAUUACCCUCAUCGUCAAGUGAUCUUCAGCAUUUAGUGAAACUCGACAUUAGUGGCUGUGGAAAAUUAUGUGAGCUGCCUAAAAUGAUCCAAAAACUGACCAAACUUAGAGUCUUGUUAAACAACAAUUGCUCGGAAUUGAAGGGCAUGCCCCGAGGGAUCGGCAAGGUAGUUAGCUUGCAGGAAUUGUCCGUUUUUGUCAUCGGCAAGCAAGACCGCGUUGAACAUUGUGCUAGCAUUUCUGAGUUGGCGCACUUGAAGCUUGUCGGCAAGCUGGAGAUCAAUGGUCUUGGAAAUGUAACGAGUCCAGUUGAUGCCAAGGCUGCAAAUUUGAUAGAGAAGAACCUGCGGUCUUUGAAGUUGGUAUGGAACGUUUUAAGUGGGGAAGAAGGCAUGGAUACUGUACUACCAGCGGAAGAGAUCGAUACCGUGCUAGAAAAUCUUCAACCACAUCAAAAGCUAGAGAAUUUAAAAUUAGAAGGCUAUGCAAGAGGGAAGUUUCCUAGCUGGAUGAUGAAUAGGAUUGGCUCGUGCCUCCCUAAUCUCGUUGAAAUCCAACUUGCGAAUAUUCCCAGAUGCAGCUCACUCCCGCCGCUGGGGCAACUUCCUUUUCUUAAAGAACUAACUGUACGAAAUAUGCCCGCAAUAACAAAUUUGGGCGUAGAUAAGUUCCCUGCCCUGAGGAGCCUUGAAUUGUCCUGCAUGCCGGUGCUGCGAGAAUGGGUGACUGUGUUGACGGUGGAUGACGAAGAAGGCAGGCGAGAACGAGUUCCCAUUUUUCCGUGUCUCACUCAUUUGUACCUUAAAGAAUGCCCUAAAUUGAGGCCGGAGCCUUGCCUCCCAGCAUCGGUUGGUUUUCUGACCAUUUCCGGAACAAGCAGCGGGAACCUAUCAUUAAUUCUCGAACGUGCGACGCCACUUGAUGACGGCGGUGAUGCCGCUGAUUCACUCCAACCGCCACCAAAUAAGGAGCUGUGGGAUCUAACAAUAGAAAAAUGUCAGCAGCUAACUUGUUUGCCCGAGAGCUUGCGGAGUCUCACCUCCCUCCGGUAUAUGACAAUAAAGGAUUGUGAAGAUCUUGAGAGAAUUGAAGAUUGGCUCGGGGAGCUCGCCGACCUGCGCCUCUUGGAGAUCUGGGGGUGCAGCAGUCUCCGUUACCACAAAAUGACCGCACUUGAGGAGUUAGAGAUUAAGGAUUGCCCGCUGUUGCUCGAUGCAGAUGGACAAUUUGUCGACACCAGUGUCGAUCACAUCAAAUAUGUCACUGUUAAUGAAAGUGAAUACGAAUACCGGAAACAAGCGAGCAGCUCGCCACAACAGGAGAAGAGCUCGCCAGAGGAGGAGGAGAGCUCACCGAAGGAGGAGGAGAAGAAGAGUUGGACGAGUUGUUGGAGCAAAUCGAAUUGGCUGGGGAGCAGAACCUGAGUGUAUGUACUUAUUAUUUUGAGGUUGAUGCUGUUUAGCUUGCCGGACAAAAAUUAUUGUGUGAUGUUGUUGGUUGAUAUAUAUUUGUGUUUUCGUACUAUAAAUUAAGUUUCUGAAUGUACUAUUUAAUUUAUAAUUUGGUUUGAUUGUUUGGAAUUUUAUGGUGUUCUCUAUACAUGUGAUGAGUUUAAAAAGAUUGCUUGGUUUAGAAUAAACAAAAUGUUGCUACUCUUUUAAUAAAGAUAUUGGAGGGUACGGCGUUUAUUACUA